GUAGCAUUAGCCGAUUAGCUCGCUAGUGUGAGAGAAUUUCGGCUCUCUUCAGUAGCCCAUCGCUUUCCGCCAGUCCUGAAAUCCAGGAAUUGCUGUGCAUUCAGCAGCCAUGAAUCGGCUCGGUGCGCUGUUGAUUUUACCAGUUUUACUGGAAUCAGUGGUUUCAAUUUCCUUUUUUCUACCGGUCAACACAAGGAAAUGUUUACGGGAAGAGAUCCACAAAGAUGUGCUUGUGACGGGAGAGUAUGAAAUCAGUGAACAACAGAGCACAAAAACGAACCUGAAGAUCACCGAUUCCUCAGCCCAUAUUCUUUAUUCUAAAGAAGAUGCCUCGAAGGGAAAGUUUGCCUUUACCACAGAGGAUUAUGACAUGUUUGAAGUUUGUUUUGAAAGUAAAUCUCCAAUGGGGACUGGAAGGGUCCCUGAUCAGUUGGUCAACUUGGACAUGAAGCAUGGAGUGGAGGCAAAGAAUUAUGAGGAGAUUGCCAAAGUGGAGAAGCUGAAACCUUUGGAGGUGGAGCUGAGGCGACUGGAGGAUCUGUCGGAGUCCAUUGUCAAUGAUUUUGCAUACAUGAAGAAAAGAGAGGAAGAGAUGAGGGACACCAAUGAAUCCACCAACACCCGCGUCCUGUACUUCAGCAUCUUCUCCAUGUGCUGCCUGAUUGGCCUGGCCACCUGGCAGGUGUUCUACCUGCGCCGCUUUUUCAAGGCCAAGAAGCUCAUUGAGUAGAGUGAGACUGGUUUGCUCAGGGGGGUCCAAUCAUCCCUCCACACCACCACCCCCUAUCCCCGGCCCCCAAUCCCCUGUGCCUGCUGCACCCCCUCCUGGCUGGAGGGAUGUUCCGGCAGUUGAGGGCUGGAGAGAGAGAGAGAGAGAGAGAGAGGGAGAAUUCUAGUUCCAGGGGGGACACGAAUGCACUAUUGGUUGUUCUCCUAUUGCGUAUUUUGGCGGUCAAUUUUUUUUUUUUUUUUUUUUUUUACUUUCUUUUUUUAAACUUUUUUUCUUUUCCUCCUUGCUACAUUAUUUUGUUGUAGUAUGCCCUCAAACAUAUGUACACACUCAUUUUUAAGCUAUUGCUAUGUCUUUGCUGUCUGUAAAAAGACACUUGGUGCAUAUUUGGUAUAAUUGAUAAACUUGUUUUGUUUAGACAAGAUGUUUUCAUCAACCACUGAAUGUUUUUGUCUGGCAGCGGGCUAAGGAACUCUUAGGUUUGGAUUUGUUUUGAUCACUGUAAAUGAUUUGGGGCUUAUGUUGGGUUUCCCCAAGUUAUGGAAUUGACUUCUGACACAGCAACUUUUACCACAAUCAAGUUUGUUUAUAGUGAAAUUAUCCUUGACAAGAUGGGUAGAUGUUGGUUUUAAGACCCCCCCAAUUCAGUACCAUGCCACAUAUUUGUAUGUAUGGUCAUUUUCUCUUUGAUAACAUGCAGACAUCGAGAACAUUACCUGUUCUAAAAGUUUACAUACCAACAUGUAUAGGCAGUGAAUAUGUAAGUGUGAAAAAUGGCUAUAUUUCCAGAGGAUUUGUUUCCUUCCUAAAAUCUGAUGAUAACUACACCCUGGCUAAAGUUGGGUUUGAAGACGCACCCAUGAUGAUCUUGCCUGAAGUGUUUUGUUGAGACGUGGAUAAACGAUAAAUGUUACACCGUGAAAACUCCUUUAGUUUUACUUUACAACUAAUUCCAGCAAUGAAAUAGUACAUGACAGCAUGUUGGUAUAUGAACAGUUCCCCACAAAUUUCUGAAUUCUGUAAUUAUUUACAUUUUGAAUGUUGCAAAUGGGUUUUUCAUUCAAUAAAAAAUAAAAUCUUAUUUCCA